ACCGAGCGCCGCCAAUAUGGUGUUCAGGCACUUCAUGGAGGUUGGCCGGGCAACGUACGUCGCCUUUGGACCUCAUGCUGGAAAAUUCAUUGUGAUCAUAGAUGUUAUUGAUCAGAACAGGGCUUUGGUUGGUGGACCUUGCGCUCAAGUGAGGAGACAGGCCAUGCCUUUCAAGUACAUGCAGCUCAUUGAUUUCAUCCUCAAGUUUCCACACAGUGCCCACCAGAAUUAUGUCCCACAAGCCUGGCAGAAGGUAGACAUCAAUACAAAAUGGGCAGCCACACGAUGGGCCAGGAAGAUUGAAGCCAGAGAAAGGAAAGCCAAGAUGACAGAUUCUGAUCAUUUUAAAAUUAUGAAGGCAAAGAAAAUGAGGGACAGAAUAAUCAAGAAUGAAGUUAAGAAGCUUCAAAAGGCAGCUCUCCUGACAGCUUCUCCCAAAAAAGCACCUGCUGCUAAGGGUGCUGCUGCAGCUGCUGCUAAAGUUCCAGCAAAAAAGAUGACCGCUGUGGGCAAGAAGGCUCCAGUGCAGAAGGUUCCUACCCAGAAAGCCACAGGCCAGAAGGCAACACCUCCUCCAAAAGCUCAGAAGGGUCAAAAAGCUCCAGCCCAGAAAGCCCCUGCUCCAAAGGCAUCUGGCAAGAAAGCAUAAGAGGCAACUAUAAAAAGCAAUAAAGGUU